AUUGAAAACAAUACAUGUACAUACAUAUUGAUGUGAUACGUCGUUUUAUGCAGGAUAAAUAGUUCCUGAAAACUCAGAAGACUCAUUGAUGUAGACAGAGAUAGACAGAGGAACUUGACUUGUAGAUAGAGAGAGAACAAUAAAGAGUGAACAAUUGGUUUGGGAUUACAUGAAUCAUGGUUACAUCAUUAGCUUCGUGCUAUCAUUUCUAAUAAUGAAGACAGCUAAGCAUGAAUGAUAAAAAGGACGAAAAACAGUUUUAGCCAAAAGAUGUACAUCAGAAAACACUGUGUGAUACUUCUUAAGGAAUGAAGGAACAAUACGUCACAGUGUAGAUGCUACACUAAGAGGAUUUAUUAUCUAGUACAAUGUUAGUGUUUCAGAAGAGGGACUCGGAGCUGAAUACUUCAGGGAGUGAGACUUCUACCUCUAAUGAUAUUGCCGAGUCCACUACUGAUGAGCCUGAGUCUACUAGGGGGCUAUGGUCUCGCAGGGUAGAGUUCCUCCUCUCAGCACUAGGGUAUGCUGUAGGCCUGGCUAACAUAUGGCGAUUUCCUUAUCUUGUGUACAGAAAUGGGGGAGGUGCCUUUUUCAUUCCCUAUUUCUUCUUUGUCCUGUGUGCUGGUAUUCCCUUGGUGUUUAUGGAGGUGGCAUUUGGCCAAUAUGCCAGUCUGGGACCACUCACUAUAUGGAGGGUAGCCCCACUAUUUAAAGGUAUUGGCUAUGGCAUGGUGGCCAUAUCAUUCCUGGUCAGCAUCUACUACAAUGUGCUCAUAUCCUGGACUCUCUUCUACCUGUUCGCCUCAAUGUCCAACCCUCUACCUUGGACCACAUGUGACAACUUCUGGAACACACCAGCAUGCCUUUUGAACAAGUACAACAGAUUCAACUGCUCAAGCCUAAACGGAACCUUGCACUUCGACAACGGUACAUGUCUCAACGUCACAGACCCCUUAGCACCAUCUCAAAUAUUGGGUGUCGAAUUGAAUUUGACAAACUCAAAUAUAACAAAGUUCGAAAGUCCCACAGAGGAGUACUUCCACCACUAUGUGCUACAGAUCACUGAUGGGUUAGAGAAUAUAGGCACAGUCAGAUGGCAUCUUGCAUUAGCCCUGCUUGGUUCUUGGAUCAUUGUCAUAUUUACUCUCAUCAAUGGGAUACGAUCUGCUGGAAAGGUAGUAUAUGUGACUGCCACUCUUCCAUACCUGCUGUUGACUGUACUGUUUAUCAAUGCUGUACUUUUGCCUGGAGCUUCUGCUGGGAUACGAUAUUAUUUGAUGCCCGACUGGAAAAAAUUGGCUAGUGGUCAUGUGUGGGGAGAUGCUGCUAAUCAAGUGUUAUUCUCUCUUGGACCAUGCUUCGGGGGCCUCAUCACUCUCUCCAGUUAUAACAAGUUCAAUGCUAACUGCUACAGAGACACUAUUUUCAUAUCUUUGCUCAAUUGCUUCACUAGUGUAUUUGCCGGCCUUGUCAUAUUUGCCACGUUGGGAUACAUGGCAGAACUAUCAGGAGUGAAAGUCGGGGAUGUUCUCAUUGGAGGAUCUGGUUUGGCUUUUGAAGUAUACCCAGCAGCUGUUGCUGAGAUGCCAGUCCCACAGCUGUGGUCUGUAUUGUUCUUCAUAAUGCUGCUGUUAGUUGGCAUAGACAGCCAAUUUAUCCUUGUAGAGACAGUGAUCACUGCAAUUAUAGAUGAGGCACCCGCUUAUCUUCAAAAGAAACGUAUAUUUGUUAUACUUGGUGUCUGUAUUUUGGGCUUCCUCUCGGGCCUGCCUCUUAUAACCCAGGGUGGAAUUUAUGUGGUUCAAAUUAUGGAUCUGUAUGUCACAGGGAUCUCUUUGUUUAUUCUUGGAUUCUUCGAGACCAUCGCUCUUGCUUGGGUAUAUGGCUUCAAUAGGUUUGCCAAUGAUAUAGCAACUAUGACUGGAGAUAGACCAGGACUAUGGUGGAAAUACUGCUGGAGGUUCAUCACACCUCUUAUAACUUUGUUUGUGGUCGUGUUUGCUCUGAUAGACUACAUCAUGGACCAGGACCCUCACUGGACUAUAGGAACCAGCUACGAAUGGCCAGCUUGGACUCAGAUCCUUGGUUUUUGCCUUGCUCUCGUUUCCAUCAUCUGGGUACCUCUGUGGGCAAUAGUCGCCAUCGUACACACACCUGGCUCCCUUAGACAGAGGCUACAUGCUGUGACUUCGCCCCUGGCUGACUGGGGUCCUAUAUUUGAUAGCCAGCCUACUAAAGAUGAAGUACCAGACUACAUUGGAUGUAUGUCACCUGAAGAGGAGGCUCAGUUGGAGCAAGAGAGAAAAGCUGCAGAGGCAAGCCUCUCUGUGUCAAUGUCUGAGGAACAAAUAUACUCAGAAUUCAAGGGCUACCAAAUGAGAAAGUCUGCGUUGUACUUUGCGGAGGAGAUUGAUACGGGGAGUAUAGAUUGGGAGACUGAUGAGAACAAGGAUCGCGGGAAUUGGUCCGGUCGCUAUGACUUUCUGCUUACUUCUUUGGGUUAUUCUGUCGGACUUGGCAAUGUGUGGAGAUUCCCUUACCUUGUGUAUAGGAAUGGCGGAGGUGCAUUUUUCAUCCCAUACAUUCUUAUGUUGGUACUGUGUGGGAUCCCAUUGUUCUAUAUGGAACUGUGCUUUGGUCAGUUUGCCAGCCUUGGACCCAUCUCAAUAUGGAAAGUGUCACCUCUCUUCAAAGGUAUUGGAUAUGGCAGUUGUUUACUGACUGUAUCCGUGGUGAUCUACUAUACAAUGUUGAUAGCUUGGAGCAUGUUCUAUCUCUUUGCAUCUAUGACUAAUACACUACCUUGGGGCUCCUGUGAUAAUAUAUGGAAUACACCAGCCUGCAGAGAAGUCAGUAAGAUGUUAUCUCAAUUAAACUGCUCAGACUCAACAAAUAUCACCUUGACAACAGCUCAAACAACUACUGAACUAGUUAGUCCUGCUUUGAUGAAUGCUACUGAACUGGUUGGUAACAAUGAAACUACAGGGUGUCUCAAUAAUGACACUUGGAAAUCUGCUAGUGAGGAAUAUUUCUACUAUAAUGUGCUCGAGAGGUCUGAUGGCAUUGACACAAUGGGUACAGUACGCUGGCACCUUGCUCUUUGUCUACUGGCUUCCUGGAUACUUAUCUUCUGUGCCAACAUCAAAGGAAUCAAGUCAGUUGGUAAGGUGGUUUAUGUGACUGUUGUGGCACCUUACAUCAUUUUAUUAGUGUUUCUUAUACGUGGACUGACACUCCCAGGAGCCCUAGAUGGUAUAAGAUACUAUGUGACACCACAGUGGCAACGUUUAGCAGAUGCCCAAGUUUGGAAUGACGCAGCCACACAGAUUUUCUUUUCCAUAAGUAUAUCAUAUGGAGGUCUUAUUGCAUUGUCCAGCUACAAUCGUUUCCACUACAAUGUGUAUAGGGAUGCCAUGAUAGUGACCCUGACUGACUCAGCUACAUGCGUGUUUGCUGGCUUUGCUGUGUUUUCAAUUCUGGGUGUGAUGUCACACUACACUGGAAGGCCCAUAGAAGACAUUACAUCUUCAGGUGUUGGUAUGGCAUUUGUGGUUUACCCAGAAGCUGUCAGCUUGCUGCCUAUUCCUACAUUAUGGGCUAUCCUGUUCUUCUUAAUGCUCAUAGUCUUAGGUUUGGACUCUGCAUUCAUAUUUGUUGAGACUUUAACAACAGGCAUUCUGGAUGAAUUUAGUGAAAAGCUGAGGAAAAAGCGUAUAUGGGUGGUGGGUGUGGUUUGCGCCAUUUUGUUCCUGUUGGGUCUCCCUUUGACAACUCAGGGUGGUAUUUAUCUCCUACAACUGAUGGAUGAGUAUGCGUCAAGAUGGUCAGCCCUAGCGAUAGGUCUAUGUGAGUGUAUUGUGAUAGCCUGGGUCUAUGGCCUUGAGGCUUUCACAUUCAAUGUCAAGGCCAUGUUAGGAGAGGCCCCUGGACCUUGGUGGAAAAUCAUGUGGAAGUUUGUAUCUCCAGUUAUUAUCGUGUUCAUAUUGGUCUUUUCUAUAGUCGGGUAUACUCCUACCAAAUAUGAUGGCUAUAUAUACCCAUGGUGGGCAGAGUGUGUGGGUUUCAUCAUUGCCCUGGUGCCCUUCAUGUGUGUCCCUGUGUUUGCUAUAGUUGCCCUCGCACAAACCAGAGGGCACUGCAGUAAUGCAACUCUCGAUGUUGUAAAGCCUCGAUUUGAGUAUUCGACAGAUAACCCCGAUAUCAUAACCAUAACAACCAAUCAGAGCUCAUCUGAUCAGAGGAGAGAGGAGGACGCACAGGAAGACAUUUCCUUGGAGUGGCAGAGAAUGAAAUUGAAAGAUGUUGUGAGGCCAUCAAGAGACUGGGGUCCUGCCCUGCGGAAACAUCAGUUGAUAGGAAACUUCACUGUUGCUAAUAAUCUUGAUACUCUUAGCACAGCCAGUUCAAUAAUGAUGAACACUAGCGCUAUGAGGAGUCAACAAAACAAGCCAGAUACCAUUCCUCGUAACAUGUCAAAAUCGAGCCUAAAGAAACAGAGAUUACCAAGAGUGUCGGAGAGUGAGGGCUCUAGUGUAGAACUCCCUAGACGUACGAGUGUAUGCUUUUCAGCAGAAACAUCCACAGGUGCAAACAAAAUGGGUCCAUCUGGUCCAGCCCUUCCCAAGGCACAUGUUUGUAAACACAAAACACGGAGACAAGAGAAACGUAUAUCACGAUCUACACAGACACUGUUAUCCGACAUUACCAUCAAAGAUUCCCAAAAUAAUGAUAUUGACAGUGAGCAGUCUGAUAAAGACAUGAAUGAAUCUACUCAAGGGGAAAAUCCAACUGCUGUGUGUGAAGUUGAUAUUGCUCAAUCUGAUGGACAAGCUGUUAAGAAUGAUAACAUUGGAGGUGUAAUUGAUAAAAGUGCAAAUAAAGAGGCAUUUGUGAAUCAAGGAUUUGAUUUUGGUGAAGAGCAAAAUAAGGACAUCCAGUCAACAAUCAAUGAAAGAGACAUAAAUGAGAAUGAAAGUGCUCAAAGUGAUCUCGUUCAAGCUCAGAUGCCUGAUGAAGAUUUAGGCACCAGAAAUCUUGUAAAAAAGGAUCAGUCUGCGUGUAAUAAUGAAGCAGAUCCUGAAAAGAUAAAACACAACUAUGAGUCUUCCAAUGCAAGUAUAGUCCAACACGGAGGUGAACUUUUGAAGAGAUAUGGAACUCCUGGAUUAAGUGCAAAAUCCCCAGAAGUACAUUCCAAUACCCCAGAAGUAUAUUAUAAUACCCCAGUACAUUCCAAAUCCCCAGAAGUACAUUCCUAUUUCACUGAUGUACCCUCCAAUUCCCAAGAAGAACAUGUAAAUUCUGAAGUACAUUCCAAGUCCUCUGAUGUACAUUCCCAUUUCCCAGAAUGUUCCGAUUCUCCUGAAGUACAUUCCAAUAUCCUAAAAUCAACCAUAAAAGAACAUGACAAAUCCAGUGCUGGCAUUAGCUCAAAUGAAUCACUUCACGUAAGUGAAACAAAGUUGAUACAUGACCUUGAUGACAUCACUUCAAAUGGUGAUCAAGAUGUGCGACAUAGUGAAAUAACAUUAGGGCUCAAUGAGGACACACUUCUUGGUGAUGACCCAAAAUAUUGGCCCCAUAGGAGCACAGAUGAACCAGCAGUCUGUGAUAAGAAAGGGAAAUCUGUAAUAUUUAGUAUACAACUUUGA